AUGAGUCACUUCUCUGAGUCCACAUAUGAUAUAUUUGCGAUUGUGCGAUUGAAGGAGAUGGACCGUCGGAUUCAGCUGGUCUCUGUGUUGCUUGGGGUGGCUGGAUGUGUUCUGUUCGCUUAUGCACAGACCACCCCCUCUGUACAGCUACGUAUCGCCUUCUCGGCUGGCCUCACCACCAUGCUGAACGUGUCCACUCACGUAAACGUCACCUACGAUCGUGUCUUCCUCAACACGGGAAACGGUUAUGACAGCAGCUCCGGGAUCUUCACGGCUCCCUACGACGGCGUCUACAUGUUCAUCUACCACGGUUUAGCGGAGACCAACGGCACGUUGUGGCUUGACCUGUACAAGAACGGAGACUACAAGUCCUCGGCCUACGCCCACAUCACGGCACAGUACGCCGCGGCAAGCAAUGCCAUGGUUCUCGAGCUGAAGAAAGGUACGUAA